AGCCGCGUCCGCAGCACCGCGAGCUGAAGCGCCGCCGCGAGCCGCUGCGUCCCCGUGCAGGUGGCGCGAGGAAGAGGAGGACGAGCUGAAGAACAGGGCGUGAGGUGGAGAGAGGAGAAGAAGAAGAAGAGGGAGAGAGGGAGGAAGAAAAUCCCGCGAGAGAAAGGAGAGAGACAGACAGACAGACGGACACAUACACGCAGAGGAAAAAAAGACAGAGAAGCCGCCGCACGUGAGGUGCGCGCGAGACUCCCGGGAGAAAGGACUAUAUAAUCCGAUCAUCUGAAGGAUCUGCGCUGAUUAUUGAAUUUAAAUUCUUUAUUUUUACUUAACACAGAGACGGAGAAUCAGUUAAAGAUGAAUCCAAUGACACAGCUGUACUACAAGAAGGCGACGUAUUCGCCGUACCGCGACCGCAUCCCUCUGCAGAUCGUCCGCGCAGAGGUGGAGCUGUCGGCCGAGGAGCGCGCGUACCUCACCGCCGUGGAGAAGGGCGACUACGCGGGCGUCAAGCACGCCCUGCGCGAGGCCGAGGUCUACUACAACAUGGACGUGAACUGCCUGGACCCGCUGGGGCGCAGCGCGCUGCUCAUCGCCAUCGAGAACGAGAACCUGGAGAUCAUGGAGCUGCUGCUCGACCACGGCAUCCACACGGGCGACGCCCUCCUCUACGCCAUCAGGAAGGAGGUGGUGGGCGCCGUGGAGCUGCUGCUGUCGCACAGGAGGCCCAGCGGAGAGAAACAAGUUCCCUCGCUGAUGAUGGACAGUCAGUUUUCCGAGUUCACGCCAGACAUCACUCCCAUCAUGCUCGCCGCUCACACCAACAACUACGAGAUCAUCAAGCUGCUCGUCCAGAGGAAGGUCACGAUUCCCAGACCACACCAGAUCCGCUGUGACUGUGUUGAAUGCGUGUCCAGUUCAGAGGUCGACAGCCUUCGACAUUCAAGAUCCCGACUCAACAUCUACAAAGCUCUGGCCUCGCCGUCGCUCAUCGCGUUGUCCAGUGAAGAUCCGAUCCUCACGGCCUUCAGACUGGGCUGGGAACUCAAAGAGCUCAGCAAGGUGGAGAACGAGUUUCGCCAGGAGUACGAGGAGCUGUCGCAGCAGUGCAAGCGCUUCGCCAAAGACCUGCUGGACCAGGCCAGGAGUUCCCGAGAGCUGGAGACCAUCCUGAACCACAGAGACAACGACCAGAGCGAGGAGCUGGACCCCAGGCAGUGUCACGACCUGGCCAAGCUCAAGCUGGCCAUCAAGUAUCACCAGAAGGAGUUCGUGGCUCAGCCGAACUGUCAGCAGCUUCUGGCCACGCUGUGGUACGACGGUUUUCCGGGCUGGAGGAGACAACACUGGGCCGUCAAACUGGUCACGUGCUUCAUCAUCGGACUCAUGUUUCCCGUGUUUUCACUGAUCUACCUGUUGGCGCCGAAGAGUGCGCUGGGUCGUUUCAUCAAGAAGCCGUUCAUCAAGUUCAUCUGUCACACGGCGUCGUACCUGACCUUCCUCUUCCUGCUGCUGCUCGCCUCGCAGCACAUCGCACGCACCAACCUCCACAUGCAGGGGCCGCCGCCCACCGUGGUGGAGUGGAUGAUUCUGCCGUGGGUGCUCGGCUUCAUCUGGGCGGAGAUUAAGGAAAUGUGGGACGGUGGUUUCACGGAAUACAUCCACGACUGGUGGAACCUGAUGGACUUCGCCAUGAACUCACUCUACCUGGCGACGAUUUCGCUGAAGAUCGUCGCGUAUGUGAAGUACAACUCGUCCCGACCCAGAGAAGAGUGGGAGAUGUGGCAUCCGACGCUGAUCGCGGAGGCGCUGUUCGCCAUCGCUAACAUCUUCAGCUCGCUCAGACUCAUCUCGCUCUUCACGGCGAACUCUCACCUCGGGCCUCUGCAGAUCUCACUGGGCCGGAUGCUGCUGGACAUCCUCAAGUUCCUCUUCAUCUACUGUCUGGUCCUGCUGGCGUUUGCUAACGGUCUGAACCAGCUCUAUUUCUACUACGAGACCACGGCGUCAGAAGAGCCCAACAACUGCAAAGGCAUCCGCUGUGAGCGACAGAACAACGCCUUCUCAACAUUAUUCGAGACGCUACAGUCUCUCUUCUGGUCGAUAUUCGGCCUCAUGAACUUGUACGUCACUAACGUGAAAGCGCGUCACGAGUUCACGGAGUUCGUGGGGGCGACCAUGUUCGGGACGUACAACAUCAUCUCGCUGGUCGUCCUUCUCAACAUGUUGAUCGCAAUGAUGAACAACUCGUACCAGCUCAUCGCCGACCACGCGGACAUCGAGUGGAAGUUCGCCCGCACUAAACUAUGGAUGAGCUACUUUGACGAGGGUGGGACUCUGCCGCCGCCGUUCAACAUCGUCCCGAGUCCAAAGUCCAUCUUGUAUCUGCUGAUGUGGCUCCACAACAAGCUGUGCAGGAGAGGACAGCCCCCGGGGGUGGAGCCACACAAAUGCGAGAACCUGCGAGAGUUCACGGAACGUCACGCUGACAGUCUGAUCCAGAACAAACACUACCAGGAAGUGAUACGGAGCCUGGUGAAGAGGUACGUGGCGGCCAUGAUACGCAGCGCUAAGACGGACGAGGGACUGACGGAGGAAAACUUUAAGGAGUUGAAACAGGACAUCUCCAGUUUCCGUUAUGAGGUCCUGGAUCUCCUUGGCAACCGGCGUCCUCCCCGGCGACACUACUCGUCCUCCAGUGAGACAGUGAAGGACGACGGCGCGUCACAGGAUGACAGCGAAUCAGGUGACAGCGGUGGAGUUGGAAGCCAGAGGUCAAAGGGCGUGACCUUCAUGACCCCGCUGGAGGACGACUCGAGGCCGGCGCCCACACUGGGCGUCUCCGCUCUGGUACGCUCCGUCUCCGGAAUGACCCGGAUGGAAGGUGAGGAGGCGGAGCUGGAGGAGGGCAUCAGGUGGGGGGAGGAGGACGAGGACGAGGACGGGAAACCAAAGAGCAACGGGCUAAAGGCAAGCGGCGUCCCUCCGUCCUCCUCCACACACUUCCCGCCGUCGUCUUCGUCACUUUCGUCAACGCUGUCGUCGUCCCUGUCUCGUACGAGGAGUUGUCUUCAGCGUCUCUCGUCGCCCGGGACAAAUUCAGACUCCUUCAAACGUCUCUCCUACCUGUUCUCCCGCUCCAAACGCAAAGAGCCACCCAUGCCCAUCCCUCUCCAGGCCCCGCCCUCUUACACCAUCUCGGACGGGUUGCUCCGCCCACUGGGGAGCCACAGCCACUCUGACUAUGGACUCAGUGAAGUGACGAGAAGCGAGACUCACCUGAACGUGGUGGGACGCUCCGUUGACAUCAGCAGCCCCUCGUUCUCGCCACGGAGAACAAAUGGGCGGGAUUCGCUCCUGACGCUGCCCCUCCCACCUCCCUGUCCCUGCCAAUCCCUGCACUGUGCUUCCAACAUGUCCGAGUCCAGCUCCCGCCUCCUGGACUCCAGCGAGGACGUUUUCCAGGGUGGAUCAGGCCACGGCGGCGUGGACGGCAGAGGAGGACGACGAGGGCUGGCGGUGAUGGGGGGGUGGGUUGGGCCAUGUGAUGAUGUCAUAGAGGACAGCUGUGAGGUCAUAGAGGACUCCGUCACAACUCAGCUAUAGGAGAGAGGAAAAACCAAAUCGUUUUUCUUUGUUUGCAAAAUGGACGAAUACGAGUGAAAUGGAGAGAGAGGUGAGAGGAGGGAGAGUCCAGUCCGUAGACCUGGACUUCUGCAAUGCCGUGUUUUCAGAGAAGAGAGCGAGUGUCAUCAGCGAUCGUCAAAUAGCAGACGUUCAUAAAGACUUUUUUGUCAACAUCUGUUUUUUUAAUGCAGAUUCACAGCAAAAAAAGAACAUUAUGCUCUGUACGAGGUAGCUUAGCAGCUACAUAGCGCUAACCCACUACUAAGUGGACUAACUCCUAACGAGCUAGCAUGCCAGCUAGCAAGGUGAACGUUGUAUUCUUCAAUACCAUACAAGCAAAAAAGUUACACUGCUAUUAUCCACAGGGCUACUACGCUAAAUCACCACCACUGUUGAGCUAAGAUGCUAGCUAACAUGAUAAAUAUGACAUUUCUCCUGUCCAGUUAGUAAAACAAUCGUGCCGAAUUAACACUGUUAGCAAAAGCAGCUACAUAGCUCACGGUCACUGUAAAGCUAAAACACCACCAAGCUAAGCCUUGGUGAGUUAGCUUCUUAGCUAGCAAGGUAUACUUUCAUUCUUUAAAAAAAACAACUAAGUAUUCUAAUGUAUGUGAAAUAGCUACAUAGCUAGCUGACACUGUAAUGUGUGUAAAUGAGAUUCUGAAAAAAGCUCCUUUAACUCCUAAAUUAACACUCUUAGUAAAGCCGCUAGCUAGCAAGGUAAAUGGAAUCCUUAAAAAAUACAGCCUCGCUAUAUUUUAAGACUGUCAGCUAAACAGCUACAUAGCUAGCUGGUACUAUAAUGUGUGACCCACAGCUCAGGUAGCUUAUUAACUUGCUAGCUAGCAUGCUCAAUGGCCCUCUCAAAUAAACAAUGUUAGUGAAACAGCUACACAGGCAAAGAGGCGUCUAACAUGUUAGCCUAGCAUGGUAAACAUGGUGUUUUAAAGCUAAUUAGACACCGUCACUUUAAAAGGAAUUCUAUGCCCAAUAAAAUGUAGCUAACCCCAUGACACAGCUAACACACAUUAGUGUCAACAAACUGAAACUAUCUCUAUUAUGUUAUUUUGUUUUAUUAUGUUUGGGUUAUUUUUCUCUCCGAGGCAAACAAAGAAAGCUUUUAUUGUGAAAAAAACACAUUAGCGUAGCAUUCACUCGCUCACAUUUCACCGUGGGAGGAUGUUUUUAAAGCGGCUCAGGGUUCGUUUUGUUCUUAAUGACAGGGUCAGCAGCAGGUCGCGUGUCCACGCAGCCGUCACCGCGGCGACCACGAUGACAACGACAAAAAAAUACAUCAAAUGAAAGAGUCUUUAUGAACGUCGGCCAUUUUGUUUCCACACAUGCCACAGGAGAACAAAGACGCAGGAUUUUAAAGGACAGUUCACCUUUUUUUCCUCUGGGACGGACACUCACACACACACACACACACACAGAGCCAAAGCAACGUUUUUUCACCAAGAGAAAAUGUUGUUUUUAACAAAACAAAAGACACAGAACGACGACUGUUUCAAUCCCUUUAACGUGAAGCAAACUGUGAUGGAAUUAAAUCUGUGGAAUUACAAGCGGAUUAUGGCGACUAAUUGGAAUAUUUCUUCACCUCUAACUGUGGAAUAUCACGGAUUAAAUCCCUGGAUUGGAUGAAACUGGCAUAUGGAGACACGUCCUCGCCCUCUCUCUCUCUCGCCCUCUCUCUCUCUCUCUCUGCAUCAACAAGGGCCAAGGAACUUUAUUUAUUUACCUAAUAACAGAUAUAAUAAUAAUAGUAAUAAUAAUAAUAAUAAUAAUACUGGUUUCUAAAGACUGUGUUUGCUUCUAUUUGAGUUGCCUGUGGUAAUCUGGCUUCUCGUUCAGCUCUUCCUUAACUAAGUAACACUUUAACCUGAUGAAUCUAAAUAUAUGGUGAUUUCUUUUUUUGUUUUGUUUUUUACUUUGAUUAUAAUUAUUGUUCUUUGCUGAGCAGGAUGGAUCGACGGACAGAAGGAAGAAGGGGAAGAGAGGAUGUUUCCUGGAGGAAAGGAGACGAGGAGAGUCUGUUUUUUUUAAGGGAGAUUUCACCAUAAUUUCAUCAUGAAUUUAAGUUUUUCUUCUUCUUCUUCUAAAGGUCGGCAUGAGCAGAGGCUGCUGAAUCUUUUUACUCUGGUUAAUAAACGACUGACUGUCAGCAGAGAAAUUAUGCAUGUCUGAUCUCACACACACACACACACACACACACACACACACACAGAGCUCCAGGACAAAUAUUUUUUGCCCUUUUUUUAUUUUUACCAAAGUCUUCGUCUUCGUCUCUGUUUUCUCUCCUUUCUUCCAAACUCACAAAGUUUUUUCUCAUGACGUCACCACACGAUGACGACAGCGACAGAAAACCUCAAAUUAAUGUCACAUAAAAAAAUAACAAAUUCUCGGCUCGGCCGCACGUCAUCUUAGCACCGGGAGGGUUAGCAGCUAAGCUAAGUGGUUAGCAGCGAUGGGAAAAUCCACGUUUAACUUUCCGUCCACACUCAAAAUGUCCGUCCACACUAAAACCAUCCAUCCUCAUUGAAACUGUCUGUCCACACUGAAACCGUCCGUCCACACUUAAACUGUCUGUCCCUACAGAAAAUGUCUGUCCACACUAAAACCAUUCGUCCACACUAACACUGUCCGUCCUCACUCAAACUGUCCGUCCACACUAAAAUUGUUUGUCCACACUCAAACUGUCUGUCCACACUCAAACUGUCCGUCCACACUCAAACUGUCCGUCCACACUCAAGCUGUCUGUCCACACUAAAAUCGUUUGUCCACACUCAAACUGAAAGGAGAUGAAGAUGAAAGUUGUGACGUCACCUCAGGAACAUUUUUCUCUCCAGUUCAAAUAUUUUAACUUGUGUGCGAACAAAACACAAACGUUGUUUCCAUGUGAAGCGACUCAACAGUGACGUCUAGUGGUCAUAGUGUCAUUUAGAACCAUGUUGGGGUUUUUUAAAUGUAAACUGCAGAUGAACCAGUGGGGGGGAGGGGUGUCUGUUGGUUGCCAUGGCAGCCGUCCAGCGUGUUCCCACCUGAUAAUCAGAGCUACUCUGUGCCAAACUUACCCCUGAACAACGGAGGUUGUGUAAUCAAUCACACGCCUCGUCAAUCGCCGUGACAACCGUGGGCCGAUAUCUCCGUUUCCAGGAGAAAAGACAAAUGAAACGUUGAGAACUGAACUGUGUGUGUGUUUGUGUGUGUGUGUAUCAUUGAUCCGUACAGAAUCCAGAAUUAAAUCAUGUUCAGCCGUUCAUUGAUUAGUUAUUGAUUUAGAUUUAAACGUCAAGUUAAUCUCGUUAAUCUUGUGAUCGUUGUCGUCCCCCUGCUUCCGUUUACACCUUUUAUCGCAAGUGAUGUGGUCACAUGGAGGUCACAUGGGGGAGGGGGUUAAAUCGAGUUGACGCUACACGAUCUCCGGCCACGACAAUCAGUUCACCGACAAGUUUUGCGAAACGCUAGCUAAUCAACUCUAAGUGCGAAAUUUUCAGAAACGCUUCAAGAUUUUGAUGAAAGUUUGACUGCGAACAGAACAUGCUAACAGUGCUAACUGGAAAAUCUCAGCGCUAAUUAGCUGUGAUGUCAUUGCAAUAAUUCGCAUUUU